AUGGAGCCGACGGAAAAUUCGCUUAGUUUUUUCACUUCAAAUCACUCAAAGCAUGAUUCACAGUGGCGAAUGACAGGAAGAAACGUUACAUUAGUCUGCGUAGCGUGUCUAGUAGAGCUUUUGGAGAGUCCAAAUGUCCUUCACCUUCGCAAACGCAAGGCUCUUCAAGAGAUUGUUUUUCUUCUUACGAACAAUCAAAAUGUCUUGGAGCUUUUCUGUCAAAGUACGCAGAUUGUCUCGCACCUUUGCAGCACAAUAAUGGAUUUGUUGUCAUCAGAGAACGAGCUUCUGAUGAACACAGCAGUUGAGGCACUCGAUAUUAUUACUGUCAAGCUGCGUUCUGAAAAACUUGUGGAGAAAGUUAUGGAAACGUUAGAGAACCAAAUAUUGCGGUUAAACAAUUUCAGGAAAUCCUAUCCUUUUGUUCUCGCCUUAGGGCGACUUUUAAAAUCGAUCCCGGCUUUGUCUCAAGUAUUUGCCAAGAAUUCGUCUUCUCUUUUGGAAUAUUUUAUCUCUAACAUUGUGUUUCCUGAAGAGUCCAUUAAAGUCGCCUUUCUAUUCAUACUUGUACAAGUAUGCUCCAGUGAAGAAGCGGUGAAGGAGUUAAAUUUCCAAAUCCGACAGAAAAUGUGCCGACAAACAUGCGCUGUUAUCAACUGUUCUGUAAGUCUCGAUACUCAAGUUAACGCCCUUGGGGUCCUUAAAAUGUUCACUACACAGCCAGAUGUGUUAAUGUCCGUUUUGAAACCACCAAACGAAGGUAAAAGCGAUAUUCUUGAGAGUUUAAAGAAGUUGAUGCUAUCACAAAACGAGGCAAUUCAGACUGGAGCUAUACAAUGCAUCACUCGUAUUUUACGACAUGAUUCUGAAGAAAAAUCAUUUACCAGGGUCAUUCUAAGAUGUGGAAUAGGAGAGAUGCUUCUUGAGGACUUGGAGUGUUCAAAUGACAUAAUUCUGGCCUCGGUGUUCUGUUGUUUGGAUCACAUAGUGAGAGCCGAUGUCUUCUACACCGAAGGCUACUCUGUCUACGGCAUCGAGUCAGUAAUCGUCGGUGUAUCAAAAUCCAUCAAGUUCAAGAAUCCUGAAAUCAUUCAGCAAGCAAUUCGUGUGCUUUCCCUAAUUUUAUCUUCGCAAUCUUUCAACGUUCAACUCUUCCCAAACGAGGAGCUUUGUAAGAAAUGUGCUGAUAUCCUGCACCAAAGCUUGAAGUCUGCAGAUCACAGGGUUAUCACUCAGGCAGCUUGUGCUGUGGUGCAAUUUCUAAACAUCAAUCAUUUUCCCUCAUCGGUGUCGUUUGAAGCUGUUGGUCCUCUUGUGUCAACUGUGAUCUCCCAAAUGGAAAAAUUCACAAAGCCAAGGAUAUAUUUCCGAAAUAUUCCUAAAGGAGCAUUUGGAGCACUUCUGGGUGCUUUGUUGGAGGUUAUCAAGAAGGCUUUACUAUUUGGUCAAGAGUUCCAGGUAAGGAAACCGUCGUACGCAGCCCUGCUGACAAGGAAUGAAUCAACGGUUUCAUAUGAGAAUGAAAUACUUGAGCAGUUUGUUGAUUCGUUGUGGAAAGCUAUCGAUCAGACAUGUGUACCGGCCUUGAUGCUGAACUACGAAUCUAUCGAAUGUCUUGCAGUGUUCAAAAGCUUUUUUGAGAUUCUCUCUCUCUCAGUGUCUUCAGUGAAUAGUUACAGACACGAUUUUGCAAAGAAACUAGCGUCAGGUUCUUUUGUUCGACUCUCCCUAGAGAUCAGAGAGAGCUUUUGUAGACGUCCAGAUGGCAAAGAGCUCGAAGACGUCACAGGGCGUUUCUUGACAGACCUGUGCCUUGCUCUUGCCGAUAGUUGCGACACCACCCAGCUAAAGGAAGUGCUUCAGACAAGCAAUAUUGCUGGUAUCCAUUCCGUAAUCGCUUGCCUAAACAUACUUACACAAUGCCCAGUGAGACAGUCUGCCACGACUGAGAUAAAUGACGUCUCUCUCUUCAAUUCACAAUGUGCUUGCAUCGAACUGAUGUACGUGGCGUUUACUCAUGGUGACUUGAUUGUCUCCCUCGAAAGCCUCGCAACAAGCUUGCACAAGUAUAUAGUGCUUCUUUCCGAUCUCAGCCUUCUGCCUCGUGUCACUCUGAAACACUUACUGUAUCUUUGGAUUGCACCCUACAGCAGGCUGAGUAAACUGACACUGCUAACUGACGUCAUGGAAAACAUGGACGUCGCUCAAAACAUUCUGGAGCAGAAUUUGGUGAAUUUUACACCAAACGAAUUUGAGUCAAUUCACAUUCAAAACAUUCUUUUCCUUUCCUGGAUAUUUUCUCGUGAACCUCUAGCACACGCCUUUGGUCGACAGGCUUUGAUUUGCUUUCUUAGAAGCGAAAAGACUCAGAACUGUUCCGCUGACGAGGAACUCCAACAACUUUUAAUUUCAAACGAUCCGUGUUUUCGAGAAUUUGUCUCACUGAUUGAUCAUAACAUGGAGACCCUUGUUAGUCGAGUAGGGAUCAUUAUAGAAGCAAUGAUGUCUGGAGAUUCAAAGUCUAUCCCAGCCAAGAUAAGUGCACCUCACUUAAAAUCAACAGCAAUCCAGAUAACUAGCAUUUUCCUCAAGAUUUUUUCAAGCCACAAGUCCCAUCCUCUCGCACACCAUUCUAUUUCUACCAUGCUGAAUGUGAUGACAACAGUACAGAUGCAGGCCAACCCGGCAUUUGACGUCAAACUUUUGUAUCGCGUAAUCAACUUGUUGACUUCCUCAGACGGUGAUCAAAGAUUUGCAGUUUGUGCCAUAAAUUAUCUGAAUGUUUUGCUGGCUAGGGAUACGAAUAGAGAAAAUUACCGGGUGGCUGCGGUACUUCUAUCCAACAAGCCUUUCUGUAGCUUUGUCGAACAUAUUUUGAAUUCCAAACUGGUAAACACUGUCGAACUGCGAACGGACUCUGUCAAGGACGUCAAUCUUCUCGCAAGCACUUUGGUUCUCAUCGCAUCCCUUGCAAUCUCCCAGAUGUUGUCUCAGGAAGGUGCUCAGCAUAUGUUCAGUCUCGACAAAAAAUGUAUGAUUAAUCUUGUCAAUGAAGGGCAAAGCAUUUUGGGUCUUGCAAGUCUUGUCUUUUGGGAUGUCUUCUUCAAAACUAGAAAGGAGUUAGUGAACCCCAUUUUGGUAUUGUCGAAUGGUAACGACGCAAACGAACCUUCUCUCGAGAAACUAUCCGAUGAAGACCUCCUUGUUCUGCUUGUUUAUAUACAGAACUCGUUAGUCCAUGACAGUGAGACUGUAAGACAGUGCGCAGUUAAGUGCUUAACAAGCUUUCUCGGUUAUGUCCCAAAUACCUCAGACUUCGCAUGCAAUCCUUGGAACAGAAUCGUUUUGGAGUCACAAUUGUGCGUACUCAGUGUUAAUGUUCUAACACCAAGCUUGGUGCUGUUUUGUUCGCUGGUGUUGCAGUACGCACCGAGCAAGCCUUACUUAAACGAUGUCCUUCAAGACGCAGUGGAAUCCAUUCUUCGCAAAAUCCCUAGCGUUCUGUGUUCAGAGCAAGACCUCUCGUGGUACUGUGUCGAUUUCGUAGCGCAGGUCUUGAGUAAGAAACACAAAGUCAUGUCAGAAAACCAAAAAGCUGCUGUCUUAUCCUGGCUGACAACUUUUAAGGAAACGCUGAGGGGAAACGAGGAACGAAGAAGCUUAGCCGAGUCCCUUAAUACAGAAGCGGAACAGAGUGACGAAAGAGAAGUCAGAUUUUUCAAGAUAGACGCUGUAAUUUUCCCCAAGACAUCGCUUAAACCACCGGCUUGGUUGGAUCAUGAGCUGUUGGAAAAAGUCUUCUGUCUCCUCGAUAGUAAAGGCAACGAAGACAGUAAACAACAGUAG